UCCACCUCUACUGUCCUCAAAAACUACGGUCGUGCGUCAACGUUAGCGAAAAAUGCAAAAUUAAAUAUGUUGUGAGUAGCGAGCGAUGCCAAUUCGAAUAUGUUUUCCACUGCAUACAGAAAAAUAAACAAAUACAAGAAGCAUAAAGUAUGCAGAAAAUUAAAUACAAAAGGAGCCACUAAGUGUUUCGUGUGAAAUCAAUUCGAAGACCGUUCGUCGUCGUACAUACUUUUCCGUUUCAAUUACACUACAAUGAAUAUUUGUUGAAACUUCGUUGCAUUUACAGACUGGUGUUUAAAAACAACAACAACAAGAAACGACAAAAAACAACAACAUCAGCCCUCAAACACACAGAAAUCCAGAAGGAGGAACUAUAUAUAUCCACAUAUAUAUAAAUAGUAUCAUAUUUACAUUAAAAGGAAGCCGAACAGACGUAAACGUAACUUUUAUAUUACAAAGCACCAGUAAAAAAAAUUACCAACUACACACGUUCCUUAAAAACAAAUGUUUUCCAAACCGCAAACCAACUAAAAACGAAAUGCUUUUGAAAUUAGUUUAAGCUAACUAAAAGAACGCAAAACCAACCAACAAACCGCAAAAAAUAUCGCGUGAUUAAGUUAAAUAAUUUUAAAACAGACCGAAAAUCGGCAGGGAACCAAAAAACGUACGAUAAACGCGGCAGAACUCAGAUCGGCGUAUGAAAUCGACAUUUCAUACUUUUUGUAUAAAAUAGUGCUAGCAAAACCCAAUCGAGAGGAUAACCGGGACAUCUGUUUGGAGAAUCUCGUCUGCAUACCUUUCAUUUCGUAUCUCCGUACAAUUUUUAAAUGUUCUUGGAUCGUUCGAUGUGGUCGUCGUUCAUUUGUAACCAUCACUCUCAACCUCCGAGUCACCGAAAUCUGGUCAAGGACUUAGCGUAGAGCCGUAAUUAGCAAUAGCAAUAGCCAAAGAGAGCCUGAAUCGUAAGCGCUGGACGAGAUAGGAUCUGCAGAGCCAGCAACGCCAAAGUACAAAUGUAUCAAUCGAAACUGAAACAGAAUCUGUAACUUGGAACGGGUACAAAGCAAUUCCCUUGGAUGAGCACGCAGCUAGGACACGUUGGAAUCAGCGCGCAUCACACAACCAAUUAGAUAGGUGACUGAGGGUCCAAGGAAGGGAGUCCAGGAGACCAUCCCACCAUCGAAACAGCAUACAUUUUCUAUACGGAACGGCCUGUCGAGCGUAGUGGCAGCAGCACGCGAAAGCGUCCACAAAUCUAGUUAGCAUGGAGUGCUGUUUAUCGGAGGAGGCCAAGGAACAAAAGCGCAUCAAUCAGGAAAUCGAGAAGCAGUUGCGCCGAGACAAGAGAGAUGCGCGCCGCGAGCUUAAAUUGUUGCUGCUGGGCACGGGCGAGUCCGGCAAGUCAACAUUUAUCAAACAGAUGCGCAUUAUCCACGGCAGCGGCUACUCGGACGAGGACAAGCGUGGGUACAUCAAGCUGGUUUUCCAGAACAUAUUCAUGGCCAUGCAGUCAAUGAUCAAGGCAAUGGACAUGCUGAAGAUUUCCUAUGGUCAGGGAGAGCAUAGCGAACUGGCCGAUCUGGUAAUGAGCAUCGACUACGAGACCGUUACCACGUUCGAGGAUCCAUACUUGAAUGCCAUCAAAACGCUAUGGGACGAUGCUGGCAUCCAGGAGUGCUACGAUCGUCGUAGGGAAUAUCAGCUGACUGAUUCAGCCAAAUAUUAUCUGAAGGAUCUCGAUCGUGUGGCUCAACCUGCAUAUUUACCCACUGAGCAAGACAUUUUAAGAGUUCGUGUGCCGACAACAGGGAUAAUUGAGUAUCCCUUUGAUUUAGAAGAAAUCAGAUUUAGAAUGGUGGACGUCGGAGGUCAGCGAUCCGAGAGAAGAAAGUGGAUUCAUUGCUUUGAGAACGUGACAUCAAUUAUAUUUUUGGUAGCGCUAUCGGAAUACGAUCAAAUCUUGUUUGAAUCUGAUAACGAGAAUCGAAUGGAGGAAUCUAAAGCUUUAUUUCGUACUAUAAUUACAUACCCCUGGUUCCAAAAUUCGUCCGUUAUUCUUUUCCUGAAUAAGAAGGACUUGUUGGAGGAGAAAAUAAUGUAUUCGCAUUUGGUAGACUAUUUUCCUGAGUACGAUGGUCCACAGCGCGACGCAAUUGCGGCCCGAGAAUUCAUACUGCGAAUGUUUGUAGAUUUAAAUCCAGAUUCCGAAAAAAUUAUCUAUUCUCAUUUCACCUGUGCUACAGAUACGGAAAACAUAAGGUUUGUGUUUGCAGCUGUUAAGGACACAAUUCUGCAAUCGAACCUUAAGGAAUAUAAUUUGGUCUAAACUGGAUUUGGAUCGAAAAACUAUUUUUGUGAUUUUUAUACAAACACACAUACACAUUCAUAUAAUUCCUUUUUCGCAUAUUUACUAAAUAUAAAAGAAGAAUUGAGAAGCGAGCGAAUGUGGCCGAAAAUUAGGCAUUAAUUAGACCCGAGAAAGUUUCUUACGUUUGUAACAUCAGGAACCGAAAAUUGUAGCAUAAAUAGAAUACUAAACUGAGAUGGUAAACCAGCAUCAACAAAAUGAUGAAAAUGAUGUAUACAUUUUAAUUUGAGAGAAAAAUAACACAAAAUCUGAUACGGGGUGGCAGCAAAUAAUCAGGACAAACUUUCUCGCUUUACACUACGAUUAUAAAGAUUCGUAGAAUAAUAAUAAUAUAUAUUGAAACAUUGGUGGUGUUUCUAUCGGACAAAGUUUUUUAGAAAACAAUUUUGUGUGAUUUUUUAAUUGUUUUGGCAAAAUAACUCCUAAAAGUCAAAAAGACAGUGACCGGAAAUGUUUGGAGUUCAAUGGAAAAAGCUUCUGGGUAUAUUCGAGUAAACACCAUGGUCUUUCAGACCAACAAGGAACUGUAUUUUCUUCAAAAGUUUUUAUACAAAAUAUUCGUCCGAGUUAUUUGUUGUCACUCUGUUAUAUUUAAAUAAAUUUAUUACUAUAGUAACUUUUGUAAUAAAAACCAAAACAAAAAAUAUGAAACUUAAAUUUAAUCAAAAGCUUGAUAAGGAACAACAAACGGAAAAACUUUGUCGUACUGAAGCAUAAUAAAGCAACAUUUUACUAAAAUAACUACAGAAAGAAAAAAACAAAAUUUUGCGUAAAAAAUCCCCCGGAAUAUAUAUUCAAAGAAUUAUAUAUGCUAGAAGUUUCUUAUUAGAAUUUCUGGGCAUAAAGGCGUGUAAAAAUAAAAAACCGAAAAUGAUAAGCUGAUAAAAUGAAUGAAAACGAAAUCACAGAUAAUACUGUAUUUUUUAUUAAGCUAAACCGUAAAUAUUGAUACUAUUGUUUACCGGCAUAUUUAACUAUACAUGCAAACAGAUAAUAUAAUAAUUCAUAAAGGCAUAUGUAACAAUUAAACAAUUGAUUAAUUUGUAUUGAGGGAGCCCCAUUCAUUGUAAAUUACGAUUUGUAUUAAUACCAUCAAAACAAAAAAGAAACAAGAAACCAAGAAAAAGGAAAGGAGAUGAAUCUGUAAGAGAAACGCCAUUUACAUGGAGCAUCCACUUAAAUAAUAAUACAUGUUUGUAAAAAUGUCGAUAACCACCCAUGCAACAACAGCAGAAUCCUUGCAACUUAUUGAUAUUUAAUCAGACAUCAGGUCAAAUCCAAUCAAAUGCGAUAUACCACUGGUCGAGAAACAUAACUAACAGAAGGGAAAGUUUUGCUCUCAUGUACUUUUGUUGCCAUCAAAAUUUCAGUCGAAACAUUGUUAUCAGAUAUAGCUUGAUUUUCGUACUUUUUACAUUAACUUUGUUAGUUGUUUGCUUAUUUUAUAGAUCUUAAUGUAUGCAACAAUGGACACACUUUGCGGCUAUCCAAUCGAUCAAGCCCGCCAAGUGCGUUCAGUGUUUUGUUUUUGUUUUUAUAAUUUUAGUUUAAUUUAAUAUACAAGAAUAACUAAAAGAGACGCACAUAAAUAGAAAAAAAACCCAUCAACAAAUUAUUUAUGUAAAAAUCCAAAUAAAAACAAUUCUACUCUA